CCCUCCUUUCUCCCCCUGACUCACUAUCAUUCUCAUUCUCUCUUCUUCCCCCAUUCAGCUUCUUCUCCUCCUCCUCCCUCGAGGGUCUGUGUCUCUGGACAGACAGAAAACGAGCUUGUCCUUUUACAGGGUCUGUAGGAAGAUCAGUAUAACUAAGUCAGCGUCUGCUUGAGUGGCGUUGACGACCAAAUCAUGGAAGGAGGGGUGCCAACGGACGCCGACAUGUCGGCUUUCAGAGAAUGUUUGGCCCUGUCAUGGAAGAACCCUUAUGUUCUUCGCCUCGCUUUCUCUGCUGGAAUCGGUGGCCUUCUUUUCGGUUAUGACACUGGUGUGAUAUCUGGGGCUCUUCUGUAUAUCAGAGAUGAUUUCAAGGCUGUCGAUAGGAAGACCUGGCUGCAGGAAUCCAUAGUGAGUAUGGCACUGGCAGGAGCAAUCAUAGGAGCUGCCGUUGGAGGAUGGAUCAACGAUCGUUUUGGGAGGAAGGUAGCAAUCGUCCUUGCAGAUGCCCUCUUCUUUGCUGGUUCUGUGAUCAUGGCAGCCGCUAUGAAUCCUACAAUUCUCAUCGUUGGUCGAGUUUUUGUUGGCCUCGGUGUUGGAAUGGCUUCCAUGGCUUCUCCUCUCUACAUAUCUGAAGCUUCACCCACCAAAGUUCGGGGAGCCCUUGUUGGCCUUAAUAGUUUCCUCAUUACGGGGGGACAGUUCCUUUCCUACCUUAUCAACUUGGCCUUCACCAAGGCACCAGGAACAUGGAGGUGGAUGUUAGGAGUAGCUGCAAUGCCAGCUCUUAUACAAAUCGUUUUAAUGCUGAUGCUCCCAGAAUCUCCUCGCUGGUUGUUCCGUAAGGGGAGGCAUGAGGAAGGAGAAGCAAUUCUAAGGAGGAUUUACUCACCGGAAGAAGUUGAGACUGAAAUCCAAGCGUUGAAGGAGUCGGUGGAAACAGAAAUUAAAGAAACAGAAUCAUCAGGGAAGAUAAGCAUUGUCCAACUUUUCAAAACUACAACUGUAAGAAGAGGACUAUAUGCAGGAAUGGGGCUUGCAAUCUUCCAACAAUUUGUGGGCAUCAACACUGUCAUGUACUACAGCCCCACCAUUGUUCAACUAGCAGGCAUUGCAUCCAACCAAACAGCACUGCUUCUAUCACUUGUCACAGCCGGACUAAACGCUUUUGGUUCUAUAGUGAGCAUAUAUUUCAUUGAUAGGAGCGGAAGGAAGAAGCUUGCUUUAAUCAGUUUGUCUGGCGUUGCGGUCUCCCUUGCUCUUUUAACUGUCAUUUUUCAUGAGACUGAAAUUCACUCCCCAGCUGUUAGCGCCAUUGAAACCAGACACUUCAACGGCACUAUCUGCCCCAAUUACAGCGCAGAUCUUAAUGGUGGAUGGACCUGUAUGAAGUGCCUGAAGGCUUCUGCAGAUUGUGGAUUCUGUGCUUCUAGAGCUAACAAUCUUCUGCCUGGGGCAUGUUUGAUCUCCAAUGAUACAACCAAGAGUCAGUGCCACGAUGACCACAGGCUGUGGUACACAAGAGGGUGUCCUAGCAAAGCUGGUUGGGUUGCAAUAGUGGGGCUUGCACUUUACAUCAUCUUCUUUUCACCUGGGAUGGGAACUAUUCCAUGGGUUAUAAACUCUGAGAUCUAUCCUUUGAGGUAUAGAGGAAUCUGUGGAGGAAUGGCAUCUACAGCAGUUUGGGUGUCAAAUCUGAUUGUGUCCCAGUCCUUCUUAUCCUUGACAGAAGCUAUGGGGGUUGCCUGGACAUUCAUGUUGUUUGGUUUCGUCGCUGUUGCGGCAAUUGUCUUUGUCAUCAUUUUCGUGCCAGAGACUAAAGGGCUUCCCAUAGAAGAAGUGGAGAAGAUGCUGGAGAAAAGGACCCUGAACUUCAAGUUUUGGCGAAGAAGUUCUAGCCCAGAAACAAAGAAGUGAAUGACUAGUUAGAGUGUCUGUGUGUGAAUUUAUGCUAGUUUUUAAUCCUAAAUUGUGAAAGCAUUAUAUAGAAUAUGGUAUUGCGAAAGUAGCCUUUCAUGAGUAAGAAGCCGUAGUUGCAUUAGCAUUUCAAAGUAAAUUUACCAUCCAUCUUCUCCUAAACUCAAAAGAUUUGAGUUUGGCGGAGACAUUUAUUGGACUACUUUAAUAUAUUUAUGAGAAGGUGCUUUAUUUUUCA